GGUAAAUAUUUCAAGAAGGGCGCUUAGAUUUGUUUUUGCUCGAACUGUGCAAUGAAACCUGUAAAUGACAAGAAACCUCUGGACAUCCUUCAUAAAGUCUGCCUAAAUCCAGCGGUGCUUAAAGAGGCCUUUGAGACAGACUGAACGACAAGAGGAGGCAGAUUUAGUAAAGAAUGUCUUCUUGGAAGGCUUUAUGGCAUUUGGAGGAGGCAAAACCCAAAGCCCAAUGCCCAGCAAGCCAUGAAAGGAGAGCAUUUAUUUGCCAGCGGUGCUCCAUUCUUCCGGCGGGUCUACCUCCUUGGAGGAGAGGAGCUAGUGGUCCUGCAGUCCACUGUAGGAGACACCUCACUGGGAGACAGUUUCCAUCAGAUCACCGAUUUCAAUGACCUCCCUACCUCCCUCUUUGCCUGCAAUGUGGACCAGUCUGUGUUUGAGGAGCAGGAGGGCAAGGAAAUGUUCGAGGCGCUGUUCCUCGCAUACGAUGACUGUGUGACGUUCCAGCUGUUCAAGAGCUUCCGCCGCGUGCGCAUCAACUUCAGCAACCCCAAAGCAGCAGCCAGCGCCAGGAUAGAGCUGCAUGAAACGCCCUUCAGGGGAAAGAAGCUCAAACUCUACUUUGCCCAGGUGCAGAAUCCAGUGUCUGAUGGGGACAACCUGCACCUUGCCCCUCCGCAGCCCUCCAAACAGUUCCUUAUCUCGCCUCCUGGCUCACCGCCUGUUGGCUGGCAACAAAUAGAUGAAGCCACACCGGUCAUCAAUUACGACCUGCUGUACGCUGUAGCCAAGCUGGGACCAGGAGAGAAAUUCGAACUGCACGCCGGCACAGAGUCCACACCCAGCGUGGUGGUCCAUGUGUGCGACAGCGACACUGAGGAAGAGGAGGAACCAAAGAAUUGCCCCAAACCAAAAAUCAUCCAGACCCGACGCCCGGACCUGCCCGUCUCGCAUUGACCUGUCCAGCUUGCUGUCCUCUGGCCUCGAAACCCAGAAAAUCUGUCGCCUCCCCCCGUAUCCCUUCUUAGGAACCCUCCCCACUCUUCAGCACCUGGCUCGUCACACUAGCAGGGGCCGGAGGGUCUUCCUUGUCCAUCCCUCAGUCACACUCUCCAUGUGCACCAUGUGAACAAAUUUUAUAUUCCGUUGUCCAUUCUUGUCCAUAAGUGCCCACUCUCUCUCUCAUACCGACUAUGUUGUCGCCCUGGUCACUUGUCCCUGCUUUCAGCUGUCUCUAAUUGGCUAACGGGGCGCACCGCAUGCCAGUGUUAGACGUGCCUAUUUGCUGUUAGCUGGGUGAGCUGCGCCUUUGCUCUUGCUCAUUCCCCACGACCCCGCAGCACCGCCCCCAGCUGGCGAUAAAUAGUUUUAUUUUCAUAAGGGCAUGCUAACCGACAAAUGUGGCGGCAAACCAGCGUUGCAUGAGUCACAAGUAGCACCUGCGAAAAGUAUAUCAUUCAAACAAAACCACUUCCUUGUUUUAUAUUCCUGAAUGCUGACCUCCUUCAUCAGGCCAGUGCAUGCUCUGCUCACGCUCUGUCUGUGUGUUUUCCUUUGGUGUGUAUGUGUGUAUAUCAGUCCGGUCGAGAUCUGGCUCAUGUCUCUCUUCGCUCGACAGUGUUUCUCACAGAAAACGAUGCUUUUUUUCCAACGUUGAACUGAAACACGAACCCUGGAACCAUGCAGCAGUGGAGAAACUGUGAUAUGACUUUUCUGUGAUUUCUCCUAAAUGUGAACCUUUCUUCUCUGUGUCUCGUCCCUCCGAAAGCUCGAUGUAAAACGAAAAAAAGAAGACGAAUAAAAACACUCGGUAUUGCAGGUUCUUGUUACUAAUGAUAUGACAUGAAAAGCCAAUCCUGUCUCAUUUCAGGAAUCUGUACAAUGCAUGGUUACUUGUUUGUUGAGAUUAUUGUAUUUGUCCGAUCCCAUCCGAUGCUUUCCUUUCUAUGUGUCUCCACAAGCAAUUGCAAGUUUCCUAAAAGAGUCAGAAGAACACAACCAACCGCAUGAUGUGACAGAAUUACACUGCUAACGCGAAGUGUCAUCACGUCACACGAAUCCUCCAAGUGCUAUUACAAAAAGGUUUGGGGUUGAUGAAGAGCUGUUGUUUCCUUAAUCAACUCCUGUCUUUUUGGUGUGCCUAACUCGUUUGCAGGUCCUACAGAUCCUUCAUUAAAAUAGAUAGCCUGCUGUAUGUAAUGAAGACGCUGAAGCAUGUCCUUCAGCUCCUCUCAGUGUAUCACCUAUUGUACAAUAGACAGUAGACACAUCCUGCACCAUAAGUUAGAGCUCUGGAAUUUCAUGUACCAUGAUACACAGGAAGUGUUGAGAUACACUGGAAAGUUGGUAUGCGUACUUAAGACGUCAUUCGACCCCUCCAAACAACUACGACCC